AUGAUGGAUUUAGGCAGAGCUGAGCCACGUGACUUCCGCUGUGCCUGGCAACGUAAAGAGGAGCGUUUCACCCAGUCACGAGCAGGAAAGCUUCCUUGCGGAGGUCAUACUGGAUCCGAGCCAGUCACAAAGAAGAUUUUUCAUGCUUUAACUUGGCAUGUGUCCCACGGUUGCACAUUUAAGAAGACCCUGUCCUUUCACUCCUCGGGAGGAGAACGAAGCAGCUUCUGCGGGCCUCUUCCUUGUCUGCCCCUUGCCUGCUCCCUAGGCUCUGUGUCCCUCACUGGCCCUGCCACUUCCACCUCUGUUGGCCCACUGCCCUCUCUCCAAGUCCUGCCCUCAGCCUACCCUUGCCCAGCUGCUCAUCCUUGUACCCCACCAUCUUGGCCCCUCACUGCUCUGUGCCCCUGUAUUUUGUUCUUCAUUCCAGACAGGUUUUCCCCCAGUGUGUUGUUGUUUUUCUCUUCCUUACCAGACCACAGACUCCACGGAGAGAGCAGGGAGAUGGAAAGUGUGGGUCAUGGCCUUUUCACUUUCCCAUUUCCUGCAGUGCAUAACCCUGCCCAGAGCAGAGUGGACCUGGGUGUCCGCACAGGCUGCUACAUUCUGGACAUAAACUCAUCUAAGUGGAAUCAUCAGUCACCAUCAUUCACAUGGCCGUUACUCGCUCCAGUCUCGCUGGACAAAGGGGCCCUCAGAGGACUGCAACCCAAUUCUGCAUGGGCUUCCAGAUCUCUGCCAAGAGAACCUGGUUUGCCGCGGCCAGGUGUCAGAGCACUUCACAAAUGAUGCAAUUUUUGAAAAGUUUCUAUGAAUUUUAUUACUAUAUAACUUACCAGAAUAAAUUAUCCUUUCAUUAA